AUGCUCUUCCUUAACUUUAUCGUGCUGACUCUCUUCGUAGCCGAGGCUUCCGGUAGAGACGUUGUGAAGGGCACCGACAUUCCACCACCUCCUGAACCUGAGCCGAUCACCAUCACCGAACUUCCGCUUCCACCUGUUACUUCCAACGACGCCGAGGGUGGUUGCACUUUCGAUGUCAAUCCACACGGGACUGGCUGCAUAGGUCAAGCUUGGACGGAAUUCCAAUCAGGAGCUUUCUUACCAGAUGGCCUUCACGUCACGGUCACGGUCACUUUUACCGGCGCUCCGGCAGCGCCUGAUUCGGCUAGUAUCUUUACUGGUGUGCAAUUAAUUCUAGUGAAGAUCGAUGGUAGUACAUUUUCUAACGGUGAUGCAUGGAAAUGUAUCACUUGUGGUGUGCCAGAGAAAAAUACGGUCGGACGCUCGUUGACGAUGGACUACCCUCAAACCUUCGUUGACGGCAAACGCCUCUUGGUCGGUACGAACAUCAUUGAAUGUACUAGUAAUCUCAUCAACGCUGCGUGUACUCCAGAUCAAGUUCACAUCUACCCUAUUCGUUGGAAUACGACGACGAACGCUACUGGACCUGGUGGCAAUAUUCGUGAGCUGCGCAUACAUCCGGACAACGUACACUUGGGUUUUAACGCUUUUACAAUCAUUAACGGCAAAAUGGGUCAGUAUGGCUAUAUGGGAAGAUUGCAAUUCAAUCCCUUUCCGACUUGGGGUACGCCUCUAUCUCCUCGUUAUGAUCUUGUCAAUGUCUAUCGACUGUACGAUCCUUCAGCCCUUCAACCUAUCACUGUGGAUCGGGACAACAGCAGUCUACUUCACAUCAAUCCUCAGUCUAUUGUGGUUGGUGAACUACGUGGCUUUGGUGGAACUGGUCGAGAGGUCACUUACAUUGGCUACCCAGUCGAAUCCUCCAAUAUUGAUGUGUUUGCCGCUGAUCUCACCACAGGCAAAGUCCGCCGACUUACAAGCCAUCCAGAAUACGUUGAUCCGUUAGACAUCUCCCCUGACGAUCAGUGGACGGUUGUCAUGGACACUAGGGGAUCUGGACGACAGAUGUUUAUGGCUGGUAUGCGAGGAAUCCCUCCAUUGACCGACAUAGUCAGCUCCAGCGCUGCGUCUUCAACUCGUAACAACGGACCACGCCGAUUCUUCCAGCCCUAUUUGAUUGACUACUACGGCGAUCGAAAUGCUUAUUUUGGCCAAAAGAUUAAUGCAGCCGGAGAUCGAAGCCCAGGUAGCAUCAAUGAUCCGGAGUGGAAUGGCAUGGCUGAUCCAAAGUGGUCGCCCGAUGGCACUCGCAUCGUCUACUGGCAAUCUCACACUGUUCCACCAGCAUGCGGCGGAAUCAAUCCAUUAGUGUGCUACAACUCCACUGCGCCCGGUGGUCGGCAUUAUCGUUUGAUGCUUGCCCAUCUCAUCAGCCGUACACCACUCAAACCUCAAGUAGUCGAACCAAUUUCUGACGUCGUUCCUUGGGGAGUGAAGUAUGAGCCUGGUAGUUCAAUUCCCGCACUGGCCUACCCGCCGGCGGGCAAGUAUGUCCUCCUUGGAAAGCAUUCCGGUUGGGCCAACGUGACGCUUAUCAACAACAACGCCGGAACAAUGAUUGGAACUGUAUCGGUGGUCUACCAUGACUUUUCCGACGAUGGACUCAAUAUCCUCACGGGAUCCGAAGAGGUCAGGAUGAACAGCCCAAGUCCUACGGUCACCGAAGUCGACUGGUUUUCGGACCUUGUUCAGACGGGACCGAACAAUAGCAAGAAAACUACAAGUCCCGAUGGUUUUCAUCUUUCUAUUGAUGUAUUGAUAAACAUCUUCGAUGCCACUGGGACUUUGACCACUACUAUCAAUGGUACCACCUACUAUCAACCAGCAAAUGGAACGUAA